AUGUCAUUCGGGAAGUAUAUAGAGAGAAGACUGGAAAUAUUCGAUAGAGUAAAAGGACAGCAGGAAAGUCAAGAGAAAGUGAAAAUUCAAAUAAAAACAGUCCAUGGGGAAAUAGAAGGACUAAGUCAUGAGACUACUCCCUUCAAGAUCUCACAAGAAAUCAACCCAAAUCACAAGGAAUUCAUCGUAGCAAGAGUAAAUGAAGAACUCUGGGAUGCCCACAGACCCUUUGAAAGAGAUUCUGUCGUUGAAUUUCUAACAUUUUCAGAUGAAGAUGGAAAGAAAGUCUUCUGGCACUCAUCUGCACAUAUAUUAGGGGAAGCCUGCGAGAGUAAUUUCCAGUGCAAUUUAUGUCUAGGGCCACCAACAGAGAGUGGUUUCUUCUACGAGAUGCACAUGGACAGGACUGUAGUACCAGAGGACUACAAAGCACUCAGGAAGGACAUGAGGAAGAUAAUGAAGGAAAACCAGAAAUUUGAGAGAUUAGAGAUGACAAAGACAGAACUACUGGAGAUGUUUGCAGAGAAUCCUCUGAAGGUAGAACUAAUCCAGGAUAAAGUACAGGAUAGAAGCACAGUCUACAAGUGUGGACCACUAAUUGAUUUCUGUCUAGGACCACAUAUCCCAUCGACUGGGUACGUUAAGGCAAUUGAAGUCCUGCACCACAGCAGUUCAUUCUUCCUGGGAGAUUCAUCUAGACCAGUCCUUCAGCGUAUAUACGGAGUAUCCUUCCCUUCAAAGGAUGAACUUCUGGUGCACCUGAUGAACUUGGAAGAAGCAAAGAAGAAUAACCACAGGAAGAUAGGGGCAGACUUAGAUCUGUUCUUCUUUUCCCCAAUGAGCCCUGGAUCUUGCUUCUUUAUGCCCAAGGGCACAUUCAUUUACAACGCACUCAUUCGGUUGAUGCGAGAGAACUACAGGAAGAGAGGGUUUAAGGAGGUUAUUACCCCAAAUGUAUUCACUAAUGAACUCUGGAAGACAAGUGGUCACUGGGAUAAGUACAAGGAAGAUAUGUUCUGCUUCCCAGCUGAUAACACAGAAAUGGCCUUGAAACCAAUGAACUGCCCAGGACACUGUCUCUUAUUCGAGCACAUGAGCUGUUCAUACAGGGAUUUACCCUUGCGUCUGGCUGACUUUGGAGUACUCCACAGGAACGAAGUCUCAGGGGCACUCACUGGCCUGACACGUGUACGAAGGUUCCAGCAAGAUGAUGCACACAUCUUCCUCUCUCAGGAGAUGGUUGCAGGUGAGAUUGAACAGUGUCUGCAAUUCCUGGAGGAAGUCUAUGGAUUGCUUGGGUUUAAGUACACUGUCUGCCUGAGUACCAGACCAGAGAAGUACAUUGGAGAAAUAUCCGUAUGGGAUGCAGCUGAGGCACAGCUUAAGGCAGCCCUGGAGAAGAGUCAAGUCGCAUGGACACUCAAUGAAGGAGAUGGUGCAUUCUACGGCCCAAAGAUAGAUAUCUCCGUAUGUGAUGCACUUGGGAGAAAGCACCAGUGUGGUACUGUCCAACUGGACUUCCAACUGCCUGAAAGAUUCGCUUUAAAGUACGCAGGAAAGGAAGGUUCUUCAGAGCGGCCUGUCAUGAUCCACAGGGCCAUCCUUGGGAGCGUAGAGAGAAUGUCAGGGAUACUCCUGGAGCACUACAAGGGAAGAUUACCUCCUUGGCUUAACCCAAACCAAAUUGCAGUCAUCCCCGUCUCACAGAAUGAAAUACCAUACGCCCGGGUAGUAGCACAGGAGAUGAGUGAGAUGGAAGUGUCAGUUGAUGCAUCUGAGUGCACUUUGAACAAGAAGAUUUUGAAUGCAGAGAAGGCCAGGUACUCGUACGUCAUUGUAGUGGGCCCUAAGGAGGCAGCAGCACACCACGUGUCAAUCAGAAAUCUAGUGAAUAGAACAACAGUAACGGUCACCCUACAGGCAGCACGGGAAAUGAUCACAGAAGGAAUCCGUAAUAGAGUCAGUGCACCCGCAGAUGCCAUGCAGUUCCUGCCAUCACCCGGGACAAAGGGCCUCCCAGCACAGGUCUCCCAGGCAAUGGUCUGCCUGGAGAAACUCGUCCUUGCCAUAAAGACAAAGGUCAUGGAGACCCUCAGAAUAAGAUAG